GAAACAGGGCACUCGCUUGCUCGAACUCCAAUACCCCGCCGCCGCCGCCACCAAAUCCACCUCGCGCGCGCGCUCUGACGUGCUUGCCUGCGGGCGGUGGCGCUGCUCUUCCUGCUCCGCUCUUCUCCUCCAUUCGUAUCCUCGUGUCCGUAUAAGCGAGGCGGUGGCGGGGCGCCGAUCGAUGCGCGCUCGCUCGGUGACCUAGUGCAGUGUAGCUCGCGCGGAGGAUCUCAAGAGUCUGGAUCGGCAUGGGGAAGAAGAGCAAGCAGCGGCCGGAAGGCGACGGGGACUCCUCCUCGGCCGCCGCCCAAGCCACGGAGGCGCCCGAGCCGCCGCGGGAGCAGGCCGUUGCCGAUUCGGCCGCGGCGUCGAAGAAGAAGAGCAGGCGGCUGCGGGCCGGUGACUCCGACACCCAAGCCACGGAGGCGCCCGAGUCGCGGGAGCAGGACGCCGCAGCCGCCGCGGUGGCCACUGCCGAUUCGGCCCCGCCGUCGAGGAAGAAGAGCAGGCGGCUGCGGGGCGGGGACGCGUCGGAGGCGGUUCCCGCCGCCGCAUCCCCGGCUGGCGCCGAUUCAGGGAUGGGGUCACCGGAGGCUGAAGGGAAGAAGCAUAAGCACAAGAAACGGAAGAAGAAUAAGCAGGCCCAAUCCCCAUCGGAUUCCGAUGCUGUUGCUGCGAGUAAAUCUGUGAAUGACUGCACUGAUGGGGAGGGUGCUCUAGGAGAUGUAGGAGUUAGUAUAAAUCCAAUAAAUGGAGAGGAUUCAGGCUUUCCUGAGGCGAACCUUGGAGAGGAGGGCACAAAUGAGAGGAAGAAAUUUAAGGUCAAGAAACGGAAGAAGGACAAGAAGGAGACAUCCCUUGCUGCAGCAGAUGGAGGGGAUGGUGCGCCGGGAGAUGAUGAAGCUAGUAUGAGAUCCAGAAAUGGAGAAGAUACAGACCAUCCUGUGGUAAGCAUUGCAGACAAGGAGGCACUGGAGAUGAAUGUGAGUAAGUCCACGAGACGGAGGAAGAACAAGCAGGCGCGAUCCGCUGCUGCUGUAGCAGAUGCCAGUGAUGUUGCAGCCAGCAAAUCUGGAAUCGACUGCACUGAUGGGGAAGGUGCUCCAGGGGUUACUGAAGUUAGGACGAGUCACGGAAAUGGAGAGAAUCCAGACUGUCCUGAGGUGAACAUAGCAGUGGAAGGGAUACCUGAGAGGAAGAAGAUUAAGCUCAAGAAAAAGAAGAAGACUAGGCAGGAGCAAUCCCAUUCUACUGUCUCAGAUGGUGGUGCUGUUGAGGCAGACAGAUCUGGAAAUGGCUGCACAGAUGGGGAUGAGGCUUCAGGUGAUGCUGAGGUUAGUAUGAGCACCAGAAAUGAAGAGGACCCAGACAGUCCUGAGGUGAACAUUGCAGAGAGAGGGACACCUGAGAGGAAGAAGAUUAAGCUCAUGAAACAGAAGAAGAAUAGGCAGGAGCGAUUCCGUUCUGCUGUGUCUGAUGGUGGUGCUGUUGAGUCAGACAGAUCUGGAAAUGGCUGCGUGGAUGGGGAUGGGGCUUCAGGUGAUGCUGAGGUUAGUAUGAGCACCAGAAAUGAAGAGGGCCCAGACCGUUCCGAGGUAAACAUUGCAGAGAAUGGGACAGAAGAGAGAAAGAAGCCAAAGUCCAAGAAACUGAAGAAUAAUAAGGAGCGAUCCCCUUCUGUUGUACUGGAUGCUGGUGCUGUUGCCGCAGAUGAAUCUGGAAAUGGUCGUAUGAUACGCAGAAACGGAGAGGAUGCAGAUUGUGCUGAGGCAAACAUCACAGAGCAAGGGACAUCAGAUAUGAAGAAGCCUAAGCUCAAGAAACGGAAGAAGAACAGGCAGGAGCAAUCCCCUACUACCGUUUCGGAUGUCGGUGAUGUUGUUGCGGGUAAGUCAGGAUAUGGCAGCACAAAUGCGGAAACUGCAUCACGAGAUGCUGAGGUAACCAUCACUGAAGAUUUGGUGGAGGUAAAUAAAGACUACUCUCAGGAACCUAAGAUCAAAAAGCGGAAGAAAAAUAAGCAGGAGGAAUCUAAUUGUGCUGUACCAGAUACCGGUGCUGUUGUGGCAGAUAAAUCUGCAAAAGGCUGCACAGAUGGGGAAGGAGCACAAGAAGACUCUGAAGAACGAGACCAUCUCAAGGUAAACAUAGGUGAAGAUUUGGUGGAGGAAAAUAAUGGGAAUCAAGAAAACUCUAAAAAGCCUAAGCAGAAGAAAAGGAAAAUAAAGAACAGUAAUCAGGUAGACGUUACUGAGGCACCCUCAGUGGAUGUUGUUAAAUCUGAGGUUAUUGCAAAUAAUGUCUCAUUGGCAUUGGUUCACGAUGUCAAAACAAAUGCAAUGGCCAAGGAUGAUUGCCUGCAUGCAAGGAGGGACACGUCAGUUAUUAUUUCCAUGACCUCCACUUCACAAGGAAAUCAUAGAGGGAAGGUUCAGGACAUCUACUCACCAAGAGGGUCACUUGUAAGGUUUCAGAGGAAAAAACUUCUUAUACUUGAUCUUAAUGGUCUACUUGCGGAUAUCAAUCAAGACCACCGCAACGCUCACUUGUCACACGCAAAGGUUCGAGGCAAAUUAGUCUUCAAAAGGCCUUACUAUGAUGAUUUUCUGAGAUUUUGCUUCCAGAACUUUGAGCUAGGGGUAUGGUCGUCAAGAAUGAAAGCAAAUGUGGAUACAGUUGUCAAUAUCCUUAUGAGGGAUCUAAGACGGCACCUUCUAUUCUGCUGGGACUUAUCUAAGUGCACUACUACUGGGUAUAAAACUCUUGAAAAUAAACAGAAACCAUUAGUAUUGAAGGAACUAAAGAAAUUAUGGAAUAAAGAGGAGCCUGAUCUUCCAUGGGAGCAAGGGGAAUUUUCACCUUCAAAUACGUUGCUUGUGGAUGAUUCCCCUUACAAGGCUCUGCGCAAUCCGCCACACACUGCCAUUUUUCCUCACCCCUACAGCUAUCGUAACAAGAAGGAUAAUUCAUUGGGACCAGGUGGAGAUCUUCGUGUGUAUCUGGAGAACCUUGCUGCUGCAGAUGAUGUUCAGCAUUACGUUCAGGAGCACCCGUUUGGUCAACCUUUCAUUACAGAGAGUGAUCAAAAUUGGAAUUUCUAUGUGAAAAUACAUGAGAAACUGGAGAAGACCAUAGCUUGAUGGUCCUGAGAUUUCAUGCCCAUCAGCUAGAGCUUUGGGUGGAUUCUUGUUGCAUGGCAGGAAUUUUUGACUCCCAAGUUUUGUUUGUUCACUUGGCACGACUACUUGUAGGCUAGUUUAGUACUAGUUGCAUAGAGCAAAUGGACAGGGUGUACUGUUGAUUCCAGCAAUUUUGAUACUUAUUUCUUGUUCGGUCCCUGCUUAACCUGAGCUAGACAGGCUAAGUAGUGUACACAAAGAAGCACCUAAUACUUCUGCACCUGUACUUUAGUUAUACAUGCUACCAUGUGCCAUUAGCCAUUUGUUCCCCUGUAUCAAGGAUAACAGGGUUGUUGUAAUAGUUAGUUCCAAUUCAAAAGGGUCUCGUGAACUAUGUUGUAAGGAUGUUGCAAUUUUGUAUGCAAAUGCUGUAAUCUUUUUACAUUUGUUGAACUCGGGUACAUCCAAUGCUAUUGACAAUUGCAGUAAUAACAGAUAUUAUCAGUGCAAA